AUGGCUGUGAAGGGUUUUCUGGCCGCAGUGCUAAUCUCUCUUUUGGUGGUGGGGUGUGCGGAGGCCAGGAAGUUGGGGCAAAAAGGUGAGCUCAAGAAACCAGAAGGGUUCGUUGAUGGCGAUGCUGGUCUAAGUAAUCAUUAUGUAAGACCUGACUGCGUAGGAAAAGGUGGUGGUGGUGGAGGCAGUGGUGGGGGUGUUGGUGGCGGCAUUGGCGGGGGAGUUGGAGGCCAUGAUGGUGGAAAGCACCAUAAGAAGGCUAAAAAGCAUCACCAUAAUGGAGUUGGAGGAGGUAUUGGAGGGGGCAGUGGCUCUAGCGGAAGUGGAAUAGGAAAGGGGACCGGGAAGGGAGGUGGAGUUGGUGGUGGACAUGCCCACGGAUCAGCCGGUGGUAUAGGGGGAGGUGGUGGUGCAAACGGAGGUGGAGGGAUUGGUGGUGGAGGUGGAGUUGGUGGAGGGGUUGGAGGUGGUGGUGGAGGGGGAAUUGGUAAAGGUAUUGGUGGUGGAGGAGGAAUCGGUGGUGGUGUUGGAGGUGGAGUUGGUGGAGGCGUAGGUGGCGGAAUUGGAGGUGGGGUUGGAGGAGGAAUAGGUGGUGGAGCUGGGGGUGGCAGUGGAGGCGGUUUCGGUGGUGGAUUUGGAGGUGGUGGCGGUGGUGGAGGUGGUAUAGGCAAAGGAAUUGGUGGAGGAGGAGGAGGUGGGGGUGGUUUUGGGGGAGGUAUUGGCAAAGGCAUAGGUGGUGGAGCGGGCGGUGGUUUUGGGGGUGGCAUAGGUGGUGGAGCUGGAGGUGGUUUUGGAGGAGGAAUAGGGAAAGGAAUUGGCGGGGGAAUAGGUGGUGGUGGUGGUGGUGGAGCUGGAUUUGGUGGGGGUGGUGGCGCUGGGGGCGGCAUUGGCGGCGGAAAUGAACCGAAGAAACCAUGA